AUGAUAGAGUACUUCUUCCAGCCCGUAUACACCCUACUGAGAUUGCUGGGAGCAAACUGGACCAUCCAUACAUCAAAGAGCAGCAGUAGCAGCAAUUUGGUAGCAUGGGAAAGCACACAGUCUUUUCGUGUAGAAGACCUUUCUAAGAGUACUCAGCGUCCAUCCCUCUCCACUUCCCUGUCAUCCAAUGCCUCUUACUCCAGUAUUGCAUCCACUGCAACUUGCAGCAGCUCCUUCUUUGGAGGCAACAGGCUCUUUUUUGAAGACUUUGUUGCAAACUCGACACCUCAAGCUACCCUAGCAUGGUGUGAAGACUUGGCAGUAGAUGGCCGACGUGGCAAGGUACGAUCCAUUACCUUUGAAGAUACUGUCAUUGGAAGCACCUACCGAAGAUGGCUCUUCAAGAAGACUGGAGUCUAUCGUCGAAUCCUCGAUGUGGCCAAAGACUUGCACAUCCCGGUGUACUUUGAAGCCACCGUCGAGAUUGACUGUGACCAAAUGACACCCAAAUCUAUACUGUCACUCCUCGAUGCCAUCAAGACAGAUCCAGAUGUCAAAUCGGUUGUCUUUUCUGGAUCCAUGCACUACAGCAUAGUCCUGGAGAUUGCCAAGGCUGUCACGGAUCUCCUGACCCAUGAUGACCGACACUGGAAACAAGUUCAUCUUGGUAUCCACUUUGAUGCUCCUACUCCCAAGGAUGCUCAGCUCGCCCAGAGAGUAUUCCAAAGAGCGCUCAAGAAGAUUGCUUCGGAACGCUACAUCACGCUUCAAGUAUGCUAA